AAAAGAGAGAGAAAGAGAGAGAGAGAAAAGAGAGAGAGAAAGAAAGAGAGAUAAAAGAGAGAGAAGAGAGAAAAGAGAGAGAAGAGAGAAAAGAAAGAGAGAGAAAAAGAGAGAGAGAGAGAGAAAGAAAGAAAGAAAGAAAGAGAGAGAAGAGAGAGAGAGUGAGAAGAGAGAAAAGAGAGGGAGAGAGAAAGAGAGAGAGAGAAAAGAGAGAGAGAGAAACAUAAAGAGAGAACAAAAAUAAGUUAGGAAAGAAAGCAAGAGAAGAAAUAGAGAAAGAGAAAAGAAAGAGAAAAGAAAAGAAAGAAACGUAGCACACAUGUGGAGGACACUCACGCGUAUCAAUUUUAAAGUAAUAUCUGUUUUAAGAGUGAAUACACAACUUUUAACCUUAAUGGAAAAAAAACACAUAUCAUUGUCCAUCACUCUCACUGGAACAAAAGAUGAAUAGACAAAACCCUGGAGGGUAUUUGUCAAUUGGACUUUGAUAACCAAGCAGAAAAAAAAAGAUUCUUUUAUGUUUAUAAAAAAACAUGACGUCAAAGCCGUGAAAAAAGUGUAUCAAAAUAAAAGGCAACACUUGCAAAGCAUCCAAGAGAGUCUCUUGUAUGAACUGUUUGUUUCUUUACACGCGUAACUAAUUAGCAAAGCUUAUUAUAAGCUGAACGGCCUGGUUAAGAUUCUUGCACACUCUUUAGAAAAGUUGUUUUUUGGGUUGUUGUGUUAAACAGUUUCCGAACAGCAAAUAGCUUAAUUCAAGGGAUUUAUAGUCAAACAAUUGGACUUGGUAACUCAAGGAAUACAUCAUUUUACAAUGCUGGAAAUGCUUGAUUACAAUCAUUAUCAGGUGCAAACUCACCUUGAAAAUCCUACCAAGUACCAUAUUCAGCAAGCUCAGAAACAACAGGUCAAGCAAUACCUGUCUACAAGCAAACACUCCAACCAAGCUUUGAGCUUGCCCUGUCCCAAUCAGCCUGGCGAUCACAUUAUGCCACCAGGACCAGGAAACAGUGCACCAAACAGCCCAAUGGCUAUGCUGACACUUGGCUCCACCUGUGAGAAAGAGGCAUACCUACAUGCGAGCCGUGCAUCCACUUUCAUCCUCUCUCAUGGGAUGGAUGAUGUUAUUGAUGAUAUAAUUAGCUUGGAGUCAAGUUAUAAUGAAGAUAUGAUCAUGAUGGAUCCUGCGAUGCAAAUGGCAAACACGAUUAACCAAAUGGGAUCAGUUCAUCCAGAUAUGCCAGUGUCUGGUAAUAUGAUUGACAUGUACGGAAAUCAAGAAUCAGAAGCAAGAGCGCUGGCCAAGGAGCGACAGAAAAAAGACAAUCACAAUCUUAUUGAGCGUCGAAGAAGAUUUAAUAUAAACGACCGCAUAAAAGAAUUAGGCACCUUAAUUCCCAAAUCAAAUGAUCCAGACAUGAGGUGGAACAAGGGAACUAUUUUAAAGGCAUCUGUUGAUUACAUACGUAAACUCCAACGAGAACAACAGCGUUCAAAAGAAGUUGAAAACAAGCAGAAGAAAUUGGAGCACGCCAAUAGACACCUUCUGCUCAGAAUACAGGAACUGGAAAUGCAAGCCAGAGCCCAUGGACUUUCUAUCAUCCCAUCCACUGGAUUAUGUUCCUCAGAAUUGGUAAACCGAGUCAUCAAACAAGAGCCAAUGUUAGACAGCUGCAACCAAGAGAUUUUGCAAAACCACCACGAUCUCUCGUGCACCACCACACUCGAUCUUACUGAUGGUACGAUCACAUUUAGUAACAACAUGAGAAACAUGACUGGUUCUCCAAAUACCUACACUGUCUCUACAAAAAUGGGCUCCAAGAUGGAAGACAUAUUUAUGGACGAUACUCUUUCUCCAAGAGUAAAUGACCCACUCCACUCUGUAUCUCCUGGGGCAUCCAAAGGAAACAGCCGAAGAAGUAGCUUAAGCAUGGAGGAGAACGAUCUCAACUGUUAGCAUUUUAUAGAAUGUGUGCUUUUAUGGACUUCUGUAUUCUAUAUUAUUUUUUUGAUCAGUAAAUAACUUUUUAUUUUAAGUUUUUGGAUAGUUAUUUUCCAUAGAGAGAUCGAUGUGUUUCAUCCAUAGGCCAGCAUUUGCAUUUUUUUUAGAAUUUUGUAAACAAAUGUGUGAAUAUUAUUACUUGCUUUGCCUCCAAAGUAUUGUGCACAAGCGAUAGAGCUUCAUACACACCUGGACUACAAGAGAAUGUCAGAGAUAUUUAAAGCAAUAGUUCUUUUUCUGAACGGACAUAUUUAAUUCAGGUUACACUUGCAAUGUUUCGUGUCCAAACAAACAUGGGGAAUGAAUGUAAGAAAGCCAAGUAUCGGUUUAAAAACUUGUUAAAUUCAUAGUACAGAACUGCCUUAAUAUUUAUGGUAAAGUUGGGAAUGUUUCUAAAAAGUGACUUUCAGAGGCAUCUACAGGAAUUAUCAUGUAGCCUAUUUUAUUGUUAUAAUUUUUAUUUUUUUAUAUGGUUAACCAAUUUCUGGAUUCCAAAUAUUUAAUAUAAAAUGUGGCAUGUCUUAAA